AUCUCAAAUCAUGCGCAUUUUGUUUUUUAAUUACAAAGCAGAAUUGAAACUUUGAUUUCACGAGCGAUUUGUAAUCAGAGAAAUCCAAGAAAUUAAUUAAAUAAAAACUGUGAAUAAUGUCGGCUCGUUAUGAUCGUGCUAUAACAGUAUUUUCACCAGACGGCCACCUUUUACAAGUGGAAUAUGCUCAAGAGGCUGUUAGGAAAGGAUCUACAGCGGUAGGAGUUAGAGGCAAGGAUGUAGUUGUAUUAGGUGUAGAAAAAAAAUCCGUAGCAAAAUUACAAGAAGAGCGCACUGUACGUAAAAUUUGUCUUCUGGAUGACCAUGUAGUGAUGGCUUUUGCAGGUCUCACUGCAGAUGCUAGAAUUUUGAUAAAUAGAGCACAAAUAGAGUGCCAGUCUCACAAACUUACAGUCGAGGACCCAGUCACUUUAGAAUAUAUUACCAGAUACAUAGCCAGUUUAAAACAAAAAUAUACUCAGAGUAAUGGAAGAAGACCAUUUGGUAUGUCUUGCUUGAUUGGAGGUUUUGAUUAUGAUGGGACUCCUCAUUUGUACCAAACUGAGCCUUCUGGCAUUUACUAUGAGUGGAAAGCAAAUGCCACGGGACGUUCUGCUAAAACAGUUAGAGAGUUCUUGGAAAAAUACUAUACUGAAGAGGAGGUUUCAACUGAGGCAGGUACAAUUAAACUUGCAAUUCGAGCUUUGCUUGAAGUCGUGCAAUCAGGGCAAAAGAAUCUGGAAAUUGCAUGUAUGAGAAAAGGCCAACCAAUGGUAAUGUUGGAUGGUAAUACAAUUGAAAAGUAUGUUAAUGAAAUUGAGAAAGAAAAAGAGGAGGAAGCAGAGAAAAAGAAGCAGAAAAAGUAAUUUUAUAAGUUUUACUUAUUA